ACCAGAAAAACAUGGCGGCUCCCGUGAGAGGCAUGGCUGGAUCCAGCAACACAGGCAACACAACUAGUUUUCAGAAAAAAACCCGCAGCAAACUAGUUUCUAUCCCUGGUACAAGACCGUCUGUACAGAACGGACAGCUCUUAGUGUCAUCUGGCGUCAGCUCGCUUGACUACGUGAUUGGUGGAGGCCUGGCGGUUGGAACUCUGCUGCUUGUAGAACUCCCUUUUCCAAUUGUGGAUGAUGUUGCCGGCAUAAAGAUGAGCGAGGGUCAGUCUCGGCCAAGUGACCCAGAGAAUCCAGACACGAUGAAAAUCGCCUGGCGCUACAAGAACCAACCAAGAGUUCAGACGGCUUUGGUAUCAUCAAUGAGGUUUGGUCAUUACUAUGACGUGUCCAAGACCAUGGAGCCUGAGCUACAGCAAGCAGCCAAAUGCCACAGUUUUUAUCAGCUACAGGAAACGCCAGUUACCAAAGGAUCAAGUCCGUUACCAUCACCCUAUCAUGCUCUCCUGAAGUCUAUCCAGACGGUCAUCCGGAAAGAAGGCUAUGAUGGAUCCACACCACAGUCUAAGGUUCGGAAUGUCCUGCGGCUGGGUCUUCAUUCUCUGGGGUCAGUGCUCUGGGGUGAUGAUGUGUGCUGUAAUGAUAACCCCACCCACUGCCACGCCCUCAGCACAUUUCUCUACGCCCUCCGAGGCCUGUUACGCUCGUCACUCUCAGUCGCUAUGGUGACCGUACCCUCCCACCUCAUACAGAACAGAGCCGUAAUGGGACGAAUAAUCAGACUGAGUGACACAGCCAUAGCUCUGGAAUCAUUCAGAGGCUCGGAGAAGGAGACCAACCCACUUUACAAAGACUAUCACGGUCUCCUGCAUGUUCAUCAGUUACCCCGUCUGAACUGUUUGUCUUGUGAGGUCCCCGAUAUGAAGGACUUGGCCUUCAAACUCAAGAGGAAGCAGUUCACGAUUGAGAGACUGCAUUUGCCUCCAGACCUGUCAGAGACGGUGAGUCGAGUGAGUAAAACAGAACUGGCAGCAGGAUGUGGCAGCACUGCCACGGGCAACAAGCACCUAGAUUUCUAGCGUAUACCCUUUCCUCCUGCACCCUCCACCCCCCGUGAUGUGAUGUUCAAGGGCAGGAGAGAGCUGGAGCUGCACGACGCCAGUCACACCUGCACUGACACGCUCACUCACUCUCAUGAUUAGUGAAUGAGAUUAAGAUGGAGCAACGUUUAGUAGCUACUAACAUGGAGAAGCAUACAAGACUGUGAUAUUCAGUGUCACAAACACCUACAGUAGCAAGUACCUGUUGCUUUCUUUGGAUGAAACGAGAAUGUGACGCAAAUAACGAUAACGUAGUUUGGCUACCAGUGUCUUUUCAGUGCACUUCAUGGUUUCCUGAUGUGUAUUAGCUUAGUUAGUUAAUGAAUAUUUCACGUCCGUAAAGUUUCAACCAAAAAUGUAAACAAUGUAAAGUUUUAUUCAUGUAAAAAAAAAGACAACCCCUUUUUCAA